AUGUGGGUGAGUGAAUGAAUCAAGUAUCUCGAUUUUUUAUCAUUGAAAGGCGGGUCCUGUGGCACCUUAAAGAACCGCAUAUUUGUCAGUCAGAAUCUACUUUGUAAAAGAUGCUUGAAGAGUGUGUGGCGAGGAGGGUGUUUUUAAAAAAAUAUAGGUUCAGAGAAGUAAACAUUGGGGCCCAAAGGCAAAGAAAUGUAAGAGAUAUAGCCUGUAACAUUUCUAUACAAAGCUCAAAUGUAUGCAGCAGCCAUUUAUGACAGCAGUAAAUGGCAAUUGUGUGGGAGGAUGUGUGAAAGGAAAGGGCAGAUAUAAAGUGUGGAGGAAGUGAAGUGGGAUAUAUGUGGAGGACAGGCAGAGUGGAAAAGUUUUAAUCAUAUUGUUCAUGAAUUCUCUGUUAAAGCAUCACAGGCAAUGUACAAUAAAGGACUAUGUAAUUAUUGGAGUUCAGAACCUUAAAUGGUAGUAGCUGCUUUCCAUGCUUGUCACAGGUUUUGAAGAGAAGCACUUUCCAUUUUUUAAAAAAGUACAAUACGUAAAUAGGAUGGGUUUGACUAGGCAGAAGCUGAAAGAACUGGCCAUAAGAAUAGGACUAUAAGCCAUGAGGGUCAGCUGCAGCGGAGUAAGCGUGUAAAAAUUGUGAGGAUAUGGUAGGAAUGGGAACAGUGUUGGAAACUGGCAUAUAUAAGCUGGGCACCAAAUGCCUCCUUAAACCAAGGUUACAGCCGCCAAAACAGAAUGUCUAGUCUUAUUUUUCAAAUGAUGGACUGACUGUGACUGAUUAUCAGUUAAAUAUCUGACUAGUUCAGAUGAUAACCUUGAGCUAGGUUAAGAACUUUGGGAACUUAAAAAAGAAAAGUCAUUUUAUCCAGGGACAGUCCACAUAUAUAUUGGCCUGUUCCUACCUCUUUUUCUUAAUGGUGACCUGGACCAUUCAUAAUGUAUGAAUGCUCUUCACAACUGUGAGCAGGGCUGUCGGGUGGGGUAAAUGAAGACAGGCUACAACAAUUAACUAUAAUGUUGUUGACUGCUCCUGCUCAGGCUGCACAGAAAAAGCGUUUUAGUUCCUGAAAUUCAUUAUGAUUGUGCAGAUAAAAUAUAACUCAGAGAAUUCUACAAGAUGUAGUAUUAGUGCGUGAAAACAGUCAAAAUCCAGUGAUCUCCAGGCCUCAACAAGCACUGCUUGCUUGCUGUAUGUUCUGGAUAUGUUUGACUGUCUGCUUGUAGGGCUGUCAUAUAAAUAACGUUCACAAUGUUUAACAGCUUUCUUGCCAGGCGGGUUGGUAAGAUUUGUGAUAGGAUUCAUGAUUGUCCAGUCUUGCUCAUAAUUGUGGAGCUCUAUCUUGCAUCUAAUAUAUAUGGUUAUUACUUUUAAUAUAGCUCUUAUUUAUAUAACCCCUCAAGGAAAAUUGUUACCAAUGUCUUAUGCCCAUAAAGAUUUCAAAUUGAUGUAAGAGCCAAAGGUCACAGCACAUGUAUGGAAGGAUAUACCUUAAAGGCAUAUGAAGGCCAUAAAAUAUAUUAUUCAGAUGAUAAAAAUGAAGUGAGAAUUUUGCAUAGCAUACUCUAUUGCUACUUAUAUUGUCAAUAAAUAUAUUUUCAGUAUUCACUUUUUUUCCUUUAAAGAUAAUAUCAAGUGAUAUUAGAAAACCUGAAAAUGUCCUUUUUCUUAACAUUUAAUAGCUUGAUCAUUUGGUAAUUUCCAGUGCUGCUUCAGCUUGUGUGUUAUAUUUAAGCACCACCAUUUCAGUGUUUUUUGUAUUUGAAAGAGUGACUUACUAGGGUAGAGGUAACUUACUAGAAAGUUUCAAACUAGAAAAACACAUACUUGGAUUUCCUCUGAAGGAUGCAAUAGAUAUUUUAGUAAGACAUAGUAUAUGUGAAGAAUUAAAAUAUAAAGAUGUAGACUUAAAAUGAACAGCUUCAAACAAAUUUGAUGUUGAAUAACCAGCCUUGAACUGCACUUGUAUUAGUGUUGACUACAAAUGGCCACAGAUUUAUACAGAAUGUAUAAAUGGUUCCUUUUGCUUACACUUUAUUUUAUUCUGUUUUAGGAAUUAUGUAUGAAACAGGAUGCCAAGAAGCUUUGUUUUUAUGCCUUAGUCUUGCCCUUGGGAACUGAAUUGGAAAAAGAAUACAAAAUGAAAAUGCUUCCUGGUGUUGGGGUAUUUGGGACUGGGAGCUCAGCUCGGGUGCUAGUGCCUCUGCUGAGAGCUGAAGGCUUUUCCAUCAAGGCACUAUGGGGGAAGACUGAAGAAGAAGCAAAGCAACUAGCUGAGGAAAUGAAUAUUUCCUUCUACACAAGUCGGACAGAUGAUGUCUUGCUGCACCAGGAUGUGGAUCUGGUUUGCAUCAACAUCCCUCCACCACUCACACGACAAAUUGCUGUGAAAGCUUUAGGUACUGUGCUGUUGAUUAUCUGAAACAAGUUGUGGUUAUUUAAAAUUCAUUCCCUCUUUAAUAGAUUCCCAGUUGUGUUCUCAGGCUGUUGCUGAUUACUUAAUAUUAUAAAACUGAAUGCUUCAUUUUGGCGCAGUAUGUUUUACUGUUGUUAGUCACUCUGAGCGCGGCUUCAGCUGGGGAGGGCGGGAUAUAAAUAAAAUAUUAUUAUUAUUAUUAUUAUUAUUAUUAUAUCAUUGUCUCAUGUUACAUAAAUUGGAGUGAUACUCGACUUUCUGCCCUCUGUGAUAUUAUUGUGCCUGUACAAUUUUGGGAAGUAUAUUUCAACCCAUAGAUACUUGAUUCAGUCUGACAUGUGAAAAAAUAAUUGACAUCAGGGUUUUGCUCUUCUCUUACCACUUUAGAUUUUUUAAUAAAUCUCUUCCCCUCCCAAUAAAUUUGCAUAGCAAUAUGUCACAUACAGAACAGAAAUAUCUAGGGAAAUAGAGGGAAGCAGGAGCUAGCCAUUAAAUUUAACCAGGCAGCCAUAGCUAAUAUUACCACCCCUUCUUCCGCUUAUCCCAAAAACAUGUUUGUGUUUUGUUCUUUUGCAUUAGCUGAUGGAAGGAGUGAACUCUUUUUCUUACUGUAAGAAAAUUUUUAGUAUUUGCUAACUUGACUUUGCUAUUGCAUAUUAAACUAGCAGCAUUGUAAAGGCAAUUACAGCUAGAUGCUCAUUGGAAGACUUUUUCUUUUUAUAAGUAUCAAGGUCUGUAUGUUUCAGAAACAUAGUAAACAGGCAGCAGAAAGGUAAAAGUAUCCCUUGCCUAAGUUUAUCAUUCCUCAAGUACAGUUCACACAGGAUGGCAGAUCUCCAAAACAAAAAAUGUUUUUCUGCAGAUUAGAGAGGGAAUCUUACUGUGGUUAAACUAAAUAUCCACAUAUCCACAGUCCCUCAAGGACUGAGUAAAAUGCACCAACGUGUUUCUUCAGCUUCACCAGCCACUGGGUGUCUGCAAAUACCUUACCUUGGUACUUAAUCCUUGGUGGGGCAGAGCAUCUCUCUAGAGCAGUGUUUUCCAACCUUGGGCCUCCAGCUGUUUUCGAACUACAAUUCCCAUCAUCCCUGACCAUUGGUCUUGCUAGCUGAGGAUUAUGGGAGUUGUAGUCCAAAAACAGCUGGAGGCCCAAGGUUGGGAAAUGCUGCUCUAGAGCACUGAUUGUCAACCUGGUGCCCACCAUUUGUUUUGCACUGCAGCUCCUAUCUUCUUCAAACCAGUAUGGUUUUACUGGUUGGGACUGAUGGGAGCUAUAGUUUAAAAUAGCUGGACAUGGGCACCAGGUUGAAGAAACCUGAUUGAAUGCUUACUUUUGCAGAAUAUCUAGUGCCUCCCCAGCCUGAUCCCCUUCAGCUGUUUUGGACCACAACUGCCAAUUCACGGCAGCACUGGCUGGGGCUGAAGGGACUUGUAGUCCCAAAACAGCUAGAGAGAUGGGGUUUCUGCAUUAGAUGGUUGCACACAUGGCUGCUGGUCAUGCUUCCUUUUUCUGUACUUUAUGAACUGAACAACGAUGACACUGUACAGACAGAUAAGAAUCCUCUGUUUGCUUGAGGCUGCCUAGCAAAAUCUGAACUAAAAUUUGUCUCCUUUAUUCACAGGUAUUGGAAAGAAUGUCAUCUGUGAGAAAGCUGCUACCUCUGUGGAUGCUUUCAGAAUGGUCACAGCUGCCAGAUACUACCCCAAGCUCAUGAGCAUUGUAGGCAAUGUCCUGCGUUUUCUACCAGCAUUCAUCAAGAUGAAGCAGUUAAUAGAAGAACACUAUGUGGGCAAUGUUCUGGUCUGUGACGUGCGAGUGUACUGGGGAAGCCUUCUCAGCCACAAGUACAACUGGAUCUGUGAUGAACUGAUGGGUGGGGGUGGCCUGCACACAAUGGGGACUUACAUUAUAGACCUCCUCACUCACUUGACAAGUCGAAAGGCAGAGAAGGUUCAUGGGUUACUGAAAACCUUUGUGAAGCAGAACUCUGCCAUCAAUGGCAUCCGCCAUGUCACAAGUGAUGAUUUCUGCUUUUUCCAAAUGCUGAUGUCAGGAGGUAUCUGUAGCACUGUGACUCUGAACUUCAACAUGCCUGGGUCAUUUGUUCAUGAGGUCAUGAUUGUAGGGUCAGCUGGACGCCUUAUAGCACGGGGGACAGAUUUGUAUGGCCAGAAGAACACUGCUCCCCAGGAGGAACUCCUGUUUGCAGACUCUUUGAAUGUCCAUGCAGGCCUUUCAGAAAAAGGAUUCAAAGACAUACCCCUUCUGUACCUCAAAGGGAUGGUGUACCUGGUGCAAGCUCUGCGUCAGUCCUUCCAGGACCAGGAAGACCAGCGAACCUGGGAUCCCAAGCCGGUUGCAAUGGCGGCUUCUUUUGAAGAUGGCCUCUAUAUGCAAAGUGUAGUAGAUGCUAUUAAAAAAUCCAGCCGGUCUGGGGAUUGGGAAUCUGUGGAAGUAAUGACUGAGGAGCCAGAUGCCAAUCAAAACCUCUGUGAGGCAUUACAGAGAAAUAACCUAUAAUAGAAAUAUUUGUAAUGAGCAGAAUAUUGAAUAUGUGCAGAAAACUUUAACAUGGAUACAUUUGUUUCAUAUUCAGGGGGGUGGGAAGAGGUAUAAUGGGGAAUUAUAAUUGUGGGCAAAAUCUCAAAGGAAAUCCUUUUGGUUUUUAAACUCAUUUAAGAGCAUUUUAAAUGUUGCAGAUUUGUGUCACUGUUUUUUUUUAAAGCUAAACCUUUUGAACUUUGUAUUGUUAGGAAAACUUGAAUUGCCCUUUGCACUUAGAAGUAGCUAAAACGAAAAGGUGGGAUUUCUACCAUUGGGGACAAGUCUGUCUCCCUUCUGUGUACAGCUCAUCUAUUUUUGCAGUUUGAAUGUAGCACUAGAGAUGGUUGGUUGUUUAAGAACAGGAAGACAAGUUACUUUUUAGGAUUCUUCUUGAUGUGGUAAAAGUGAGGCAAAUACAGAAGUACGGUCCUUAAAGAGAACAAUUUGUAGUCUCUAUAGCUCAGUAUCAAACUAGGUGGUGGACAUGUAUUUUCCUGUAUCCUCCCUGUUCACACAAAACCCCACCCCUGUUUUGUUGUAACAGUAAAAAAAAGUGUUCAGGAAAAGGCCACUGAACUCUCCCAUGCCUUCCCUUCCUCCAAUCAUUUGUUCCAGCCAUUUUGGUCUGUCCCUGGCUUUGAUUCCAAAAGUGGGCUGGAAAUGGAAAAAGUUGUUGGAGUAGUGGACUGAGAGGAAGAAAGUGUGCAAGGGGGGAGGAUUGAGCAUCCUCCUUCCUGCAUUCCUUCUGUUAUAUUUUCAUCCUACAGACUUCCUGCUUCCUGCAGGGUUGACACACGAAUGACAACCACAUCCAUCUAGUCUGUGCCUCGGUACCAAAUACUUCCAAUUUAGUCUCUGCCUUUGAGACUAGCUGUUCUAGAAGUCAGUUGAGUGCUGUGUGGCAUUCACCUGCUGUUUGCACGUGCUGGUGCUCCUUUCCCAUAGCAGAGACUGAAGGCCUCUUGCACUUCUUUUCCUGCAUUCUCUCUUGCCCUGCUCAGUGCUGCCAAAUGCCGCCAAUGAUUGCUUGGUAGCACAGAAGCCAAAUCUAAGUCAGUGAUUGUUGUUUAAUGAAGCAGGUAUUCCAUCUGUCAAGGGAUAUGAAGUUGAUAAGAAAAGGAAUAUUCAGUUGCUGUUUUCAGCUGCAUGCUGACAGGGGUAGUUGAUUUAAUCGAACACUGGUCAAUGUUCCCUAUCCCUUGUCCUGACUUGUUUCCUGUGGGAGCUGUGGUGCUUCUUGCGUAGCAGAUCAUAGUGCACAACUACCAGAUCUCAGAGCUGCUCUUCACUAGGCUGACACUGAGAAGCAGUAGCUAAUUUUUGUAUAAAUAAUACUGUUUACUUGAAUGUUUUUAUUGUUUUCCUACUUCAUUUUCCUACUAGGUUUUAAUCCUGUACAUUAAUAUAAAGCAUUAAUAAGCAACCUUUCUUGUGUUUUUGUAAAUGGUAACAUUAUGGAAGAAAAACUAAAAAUAGAUAAAAUCAAGAACUAGAUCAGCUGUUUUUCUCUUCCCUGUGGAAAACACCCUAUUUUUCUAUUCUGAGCUUUUAAAUUUAUUUUUAACCAAAACAGCUGUAUCCUUAAUUCUAGUUGCAGAUGUUGGUUUUAUACAACUGGACUAACAAAAGACAGUGUGGACAGUGUUUUGUACUGGAAAAGUCCAAAUUCUAGAGUAAGGGAACCUCCCAACUUUCUGUUUACAAUAUGUGGAAUUUGAGAAUUUAAAUGCUUUGUCAAGACCUGUGAAGAUAAGGAGGUCCACACUAGAUAAGCCAUUGGAAAUGUUUGAUUGGGUUUUCAUGCAAACAUGAAAAGAUAGAAAAAUAAUUUAAUGAAGGCUCUUUCUUUGAUGUGAAUUCUCUUUUUCUUUUAGUGGCAAAGAGCAGUAUGAUACUCACCACUUCCCAUUUUGUAAGUCUUUCAUUUUCUGGUUACUGUUAUUGUUAUUGGCGGGGGGAGGUUAUGUGCUCUUCCUUUUCCUUCGAUGGAAUGCAAAUAUAG